UCUUCGUUUUGGUUCCCAUGACGCCCUGUUUUCUGUUCGAGCAUCGAUCAUACAUGAACACGAAUUUCGAUGGGAAAAACAUGCAUGCAUUAAAGCUAAGUGGUCGGUGGAAGAGCCAAAUCCAUUCGCAAAUGACACAACGAGAUUAAAAAAGAAAAAAUAAUGAUCUAUGAAUUCCGGCACUAUUUUUUUCUCACCGGACAGUGAUAAGCAAGUUUACUAGACGUCACACAAUCGUCGAUUGCAAGGGGCAUUUCCUAGCCACCCCUACGUGGCUUAUCUCCACACUGGAAAGGUCUUAAUCAAGCGAGUCAAAGGCAAUCAACACCGACGGCAAUUACAGGCACCACCCCCACCAAAAAGCAGGAAAGCCCACGAGUCAAAAUUCUCAUUAACCUCAAAAAUCUUCUCGUAAACGGUAAUAAAAUCUCCAAAAAGAUACGCUACACAAAGAAGUCAUUCUAUAGCACUAACAGUGGCAAAUCUGUCAUUUUAGUUCAUAUAUAAGUACCGCUUCUUUUGUUAAUAAAAAAUAAACCCAUCCCCCUCUCCCUUUCUCCUCACCCCCUCAAAAACAACUCCUCCUAGCUCUUCCCUGUAAAAUUCAAUUAAAAAAAAACAAUCUUUUUUAAGCCCUUUCCUCGAGCAGUUCACCUUCAAAGAGCUUUCACCGGCGAUUGUCCCCCGCCGCUGAAUCCUCAUCAAGUACCUAACCUUUUCCUACCCGGGUUUCAUUCAGAUAGUUCAUGUACACAGCAAAGUUUCGAUGUUUCACAAUGAAACGGCGUUGGUUUACUGCUCUCUUGGAUUGGUGAGGAUAUAGUAAUAAGGAGGUAGGUGGAAUAGUUUGAUAAAAAGGUGGGUGAUGGGGAAGGUGGCGGCGGGGGUGGCGGUUGGGGUGGCGGUGGCGGCGUGUGCGGUGGCAGGAGUGGUUGUGGGGAGGAGGGUAGGGAGUAGGAGGAAGUGGAAGAGAGUGGUGAGAGUGUUGGAAGAGCUAGAAGAAGCAUGUGAGACCCCAGUUGGGAGGUUAAGGCAAGUAGUGGAUGCUAUGGCUGUGGAGAUGCAUGCUGGUUUGGCUUCUGAAGGUGGCUCUAAGCUCAAAAUGUUACUCACUUUUGUUGACCAUUUGCCUACUGGGAGUGAGAUAGGAACUUAUUAUGCUCUAGAUCUUGGGGGUACUAAUUUUAGGGUCUUGCGGAUUCAGCUAGGAGGUAGAAGAUCUUCAAUCUUGUCUCAAGAUGUGGAGCGACAACCCAUUCCCCAGCACUUGAUGACAAGCACAAGUGAGGAUCUCUUUGAUUUUAUUGCUUCAACCUUAAAGCAAUUUGUUGAAAAAGAAGAAAGUGGUUCCGAGCCUUCUCCAGUUAGAACAAGGGAGCUUGGGUUUACAUUUUCUUUUCCAGUGAAACAGUCAUCACUUCGUUCAGGGAUCCUCAUCAAAUGGACAAAAGGAUUUGCAAUUGAAGACAUGGUUGGAAAAGAGGUGGUUGAACUUUUAGAAGCUGCAUUGGUCAGGAGUGGUUUAGAUAUGCGAGUGGCAUUGCUGGUAAAUGAUACUGUGGGAACCUUAGCACUUGGACGUUAUCAUGAUGCCGAUACUGUUGCUGCUGUGAUAAUUGGAACAGGUACCAAUGCCUGUUAUUUAGAACGGGCAGAUGCCAUCAUAAAGUGUCAAGGUCUGCUUACAACUUCUGGAUACAUGGUUGUUAACAUGGAAUGGGGGAAUUUCUGGUCAUCUCAUUUGCCAAGAACUUCUUAUGAUAUUGAUUUGGAUUCCGAAAGCCCUAACCCAAAUGAUCAGGGUUUUGAGAAAAUGAUAUCAGGAAUGUAUCUCGGUGACAUUGUUCGAAGAGUUAUUCUCAGAAUCUCGCUAGAGUCGGAUAUAUUUGGACCUGUUUCCUCCAGAUUAUCAAUCCCCUUUAUUUUGCAAACUCCUUUAUUGGCUGCAAUGCAUGAGGAUGACUCUCCUGAGCUGAAGGAAGUUGCUAAGAUAUUGAAAGAAACUUUGGAGAUUUCAGAGGUCUCUUUGAAAGUCCGAAAGCUUGUUGUAAGGAUAUGUGAUGUCGUGACGUGUAGGGCUGCUCGAUUGGCAGCUGCUGGCAUUGUGGGAAUCUUGAAGAAGAUUGGACGUGAUGGGAGCGGAGCCGGAGGCACUGGUGGAAGAAACAGAAGUGAUGUUAAAAUGAAAAGAACAGUUGUGGCGAUUGAAGGGGGUUUAUAUACAAGUUAUACAAUGUUCAGAAAGUACUUGCAUGAAGCACUGAAUGAAAUAUUGGGAGAUGUGGCCCAACAUGUCAUUCUCCAGGUUACAGAAGACGGAUCAGGCAUUGGCGGAGCUCUCCUUGCUGCCUCAUAUUCAUCCUACAGCGUGGAUGGCGUAAAGCUGCUAUAAAUAUAUAUAUUAUUUAUAUAUACAUAUAGCCACCCCAUUGUAAAUGUAGAAUUCUUUCAAUAUCUUUAUAUAUAUAUAUAUAUAUAUAUAUAAAGGGGUUUGUUGAGAAAGAAAAAAAAAGUCAUCGUUAACGGUCCUCGUACCUCAAUGUUCUUUGAUUUUUUAACGUUUUUCUUCUCAAGUCGCCCGUCUAUUGUUCUUGGCGUUGUGAAAAUUGUUCUUUGUUCAUCACGAAAUGAGAAAGUUGUCUUUACAGCGUUGAA